AUAGAUAGUCAGGCAAGGAAAGUGUACAAGACUACAACGACCUAUCGAGGAUUCCAAAUGCACACACCAAAUUGCAAGCCAACAACCGGUUAAGCUCCCGUACUGGGUGCAAACCUUCUGUCAUUUCGAGUACAGUAACCAGAAAAAGCUCCCGUACUGGGGUGCAAACCUUCCAUAACCCACCCCCACCCCCGCCGUUUGAAUCCAUUCUUUCGCUACAUCUAGUUAACUUCAUUUCUUGACCUAACAUCUAAAUCCCAUCUCCCUCUUGUUUCUUUUUCCCAAAUCAGUUUGGUUACGAGAAUUUCAGUAAACCCUAAAUCUCAACUCCAAAAAGAAUCUAGCUGCAGUAAGAAGUCAAGUGCUUUUCAACAAUCUCUGCACCAAAGUCUCAUUCCUAUGCCCAGCCUGUAGUUUCCUCCAUUAUACAAAGUGUGAGAUUGGGCACGAGAGAGAAAAUGAUGGGUUUCGGUGCACUCAGAAACAUUAUUCGCCCAUUUGCAAGAACAGUUUUGAAUCGAAGCGUGGAACGUUUUCCUCUCGGGAUUGCAUCAGCUUCAUCAACUUCUUCAACACCAGAGUUAAGGUCCGUUUUCAGUUGGUUUUUGAACCAAAGUUGUCAAUCAUGGAUGAUUAACAGAUCAAAUGAGUUUCAUAGCUUAACCGAUACUCGAUUGCCUAAGAGAAGACCUGGUUUUACUAAUAGAAGGAAGCGAUCUGGCUUGAAACCCCCAGGUCCAUAUGCUUGGGUUCAAUACACACCUGGAGAACCACUACUUCCAAACACACCUAAUGAAGGUAGUGUUAAGAGAAGGAACGAGAAGAAGCGAAUUGGACAGAGAAAGGCGUUUAUAAAGUCUGAAGCAAAGAAACGAAAAGUUCAGGUGCAAGAAGCUAAAAGGAAGAAGAUCGAGAAAAGAGUUGAGCGUAAGAUGGCUGCAGUAGCAAGGGACAGAGCAUGGGCUGUAAGAUUGGCAGAGCUGCAACAGCUUGAGGCAGCUAAAGCAACGAAAUCGUAGUUGAUGGCUAAUCUCAAACCAAACGAAGAAGCGUAUCUGUAAACAAUGCACUGUAUUGCUCCAUGAUAAGGGGCCUGAUAUGAUAUUGAAUCCAGGUCCUUGGACUUUGUCACCUCACUUCUUACCUUUUUUUUUUCUAUACCGUUUGUCUGGAAACUUUUGACCCCUUUUACCUAGACUAUAUUUUAGUAGGUAACCCUCUACAAGUUAGAAAUAUUUAUGUUAGUUGCAAAAUAAAGAUACUAUUAGUUUGGUUACUAAGCUAUUGAAAUCCCAUUUUUUUGUUUUCUUUGCAA